UGACACAGCGAGGGACACCUCUGAAGAAGAAGGGCAAAAAAAAAAAAACGCACAAAUGGCAUUGCUUCAUAUACCAUUCUUCUCUCACACACUUUCUCUCGCAUUCACUUCCACACCCAAACCAAAACUCAACAACAAUAACAAAAACCGUUUCUCCUUCUUCACUCCCACACUCUCUUCCACUGCUCUAAUGGCCACUUCUCACAAGGUCUUGGUUCCAAUCGCAGAUGGCACCGAGCCCAUAGAGGCUGUCAUCAUCGUCGACGUCCUCCGCCGCGCCGGCGCCGUCGUCACCAUCGCCUCCGCCUCCGCCAGCCUGACCGUCCUAGCUCGCUUCGAUGUCAAGAUCGUCGCAGACGCCUUCGUCUCCGACAUCGUCGACACAUCGUUUGACCUCAUCGCAAUCCCUGGAGGGAUACCGGGUGUUGAAAAUCUGAGGGACUGUAAGGUUUUGGAAGAGUUGGUGAAGAAGCAUGUGGAGGAAGGACGGCUUUAUGCUGCGAUGUGUGCUGCUCCUGCGGUAGUGCUUGGGCCUUGGGGUUUGGUGAAUGGAUUAAAGGCGACUUGUUUUCCUGCAUUGAUGGAGAAAUUGGCCUCUUACGGAGCCACUACUGUCGAGUCUAGGGUGCAGGUGGAUGGGAAAUUAGUGACCAGUCGAGCGCCGGGAACUACCAUGGAGUUUGCUGUUGCCCUGAUUGAGCAGUUAAUGGGAAAAGCGAAAGCAGAACAAGUUGCUGGCCCGCUGGUUUGUGUGUAAUUGAAUGUUCAGGUCAUGCAUUAGAAUCAUGAUGACGAACAUGCUUUCAAGGAGUUUAACCCAGUGCAAUGGACAUAGCCAUGAUCCUGUAUUUUCUGAAAGAUUACAUAAAAGAGGUGAUGUGGUUGUGGUGUGUUGUGUGUGGUCUUAAGUCAUAACUUUGUAACAACAAAUAGGUACCCGCAAAUUGAGGAUCAAAUGCCUGGCGGUGGAUACCUAGAAUUGUCACUCCAAACUACAUAUCUUAUCGUCACAUGAAUUGCUUCAUCUCAGGAUGAAAUAACGUACCCUCCUUUUAUGCUUUUUUUUUUUUUUUGUGUAAGGUUAUGAUUGGAUUUUAGAAAUAUCAGUUGUUUUAAUUUUAAAAAAUGGAAUGGAAUAUGAAACUUCCUCGGAA